UUACCGAGGCACAGAGGGGGGCGCCGGCUAUCGCCAUUUUCACGCUCGGCGCAGUCAGUCCACCCGUGGACCAGCGCGCUGUCAUCUCCGUGGGCGACUCGUCCACUUUGUGCCCGGGUCCAUGAAGCCGCGCAUGUUUUUGUAGUUUUUUUGUAGGCAAUGGAAGUCCACGGGAGCUCGUGCUAGGCGGCUCCGUCUAACGCCAGUGUUUGACAGCUCGGUCGCUAGCUAUGUAGCUAGCUGGUCAUCAUCAAACCGCGGUUGAUGCAGUGACGCGCAGUCGGCGAGACGUCUCCCGGGCGCAGGCGGAGGCAGUUCGGAAACCGUGUCCUGCGCGACUUCCCCACUUUUAGACUCGCCAACAAACGUUGCCUCCUAAAGGAAUAGCAUCUCCAUUUAGGAAGACGCGGGUGAGAAGGGAAAAAGGCGAGGAGGGCGAACGUUACAGUCCGGCUGCACUGGCAACGGAUGUCCUAGGGAACGGAAGUAUUGCAGAAUGUGAAAGAUGCAUAAAAUACAGAACUGCACCAGAUGUAACCAACCUUCAACGUGUUAAUUCAUGACUAGAUGCGUGAGGACAUGUCCACCAUGGUGUGCGUGAAGGAGGAGGAGGAUCCUGGGGAGAAGCUUUCCCAGGAUGAGAUCAUCUCCAGAACCAAGCAAGUCAUCCAGGGGCUGGAGGCCCUGAAGCAGGAGCACCACUCCAUUCUGGACGGUCUGCUGGGCACACUGCGCUGCCUGAAGCAGGAUGAAGAGGGAGUUCUGGUGGAAGAGAAGUCCCACAUGAUCCGCAAGUCCCUGGAGAUGCUGGAGCUCGGACUGAGUGAGGCACAGGUGAUGAUGGCACUGUCAAACCACCUGAGCUCGGUGGAGUCAGAGAAGCAGAAGUUGCGAGCUCAGGUGCGUCGGCUUUGCCAGGAGAACCAGUGGCUGAGGGACGAGCUCGCCGGGACGCAGCAGAAACUGCAGAAGAGCGAGCAGAGCGUUGCUCAGCUGGAGGAAGAGAAGAAGCACCUGGAGUUCAUGAACCAGCUGAAGAAGUAUGAUGAGGACCUGUCCCCAUCUGAGGAGAAGGACUCUGACUCCAGUAAAGAGACUCUGGAUGAUCUCUUCCCAGAUGACCAGGAUGACCAAGCCCCAGGCAUCCAACCAGCUCACGGCAGUGCGGCAGCAGCAGCGGCCCAGCAGGGAGGCUAUGAGAUCCCGGCCCGUCUGAGGACAUUACACAACCUGGUGAUCCAGUAUGCCUCCCAGGGAAGGUAUGAGGUGGCUGUGCCCCUCUGCAAACAGGCUCUGGAAGAUCUGGAGAAGACCUCUGGGCACGACCACCCAGACGUGGCCACCAUGCUCAAUAUCCUAGCCCUUGUUUACAGAGACCAGAACAAAUACAAGGAGGCAGCCAACCUGCUGAAUGAUGCUCUGGCCAUAAGGGAGAAGACUCUCGGCAGAGACCACCCAGCUGUCGCCGCCACCCUCAAUAACCUGGCUGUUCUGUACGGGAAGAGAGGAAAGUACAAGGAAGCAGAACCUCUGUGCAAGAGAGCUCUGGAGAUCAGAGAAAAGGUGCUGGGGAAGGACCACCCAGAUGUCGCAAAGCAGCUAAACAACCUGGCUCUGCUCUGUCAAAACCAGGGCAAGUAUGAGGAGGUGGAGUAUUACUACAUGAGAGCACUGGAGAUCUACCAGACCAAACUGGGUCCCGAUGACCCCAACGUGGCAAAGACAAAGAACAACCUGGCUUCCUGUUACCUGAAGCAGGGCAAGUUCAAGCAGGCUGAGACUCUAUAUAAAGAAAUCCUCACGCGUGCCCAUGAGAGGGAGUUUGGCUCUGUUGACGAUGAGAAUAAACCGAUCUGGAUGCAUGCUGAAGAGAGAGAGGAACAAAGCAAGGGGAAGCAGAAGGAUGGUUCACCGUUUGGAGAAUAUGGGGGCUGGUACAAAGCUUGUAAAGUUGACAGUCCCACAGUGACCACCACCCUAAAGAACCUGGGUGCCCUCUACAGGCGGCAGGGCAAGUUUGAAGCUGCAGAGACCCUGGAGGAAGCAGCCAUGCGUUCCAGAAAGCAGGGUCUGGACAAUGUGCACAAGCAGCGCGUGGCUGAGGUGCUGAGCGAGCCUGAGGCUCGUGAGAAGCAACGGAGCCGCGAGAGUUUGACCUCUGACACGGUGAAGUACGAGAGCGGCCCGGACGGUGGCGAGGAAGUGAGUAUGAGCGUGGAGUGGAACGGGGACAGCUCUGGAUCUCUGAAGAGGAGCGGCUCCUUCAGCAAACUUCGAGCAUCCAUCCGUCGCAGCAGCGAGAAACUCGUACGCAAGCUGAAAGGCGGCAGCUCGUCACGAGACGAGUCCAAGAACCCUGGCAUGAAGCGAGCCAGCUCUCUGGGGGUUCUUAACGUGCCGGACAAGUCUGCGAGCGGCCGCUACCAAGAACGAAAUAAUCGUCUGAGUAACAGUCGAGACCUGAGUGCCAGCCACACUGAUCUGGCGCAUUGAAGGUGAAGAUCACAGAUCUGCCUCCUCCUGAACCCUGAACCCUCCUCAUUGUAAAUAGCUGUUUGUGAAAGGCUCCUGUCGUCCACCAUCAAAUGCUCACUGCACAGGUUGUGAGCUUUCAGUGCUCUUUAAAAGCUUUAUGCCCUUGGUGGAGGAUCACAUUACAUGACAUUAUUAUUACACAGUGACAAACAGGAUGAAUACACACACAGUUACCUUCUGUGUGUUUAAACAAUGUGUGGCACUGUACAUGAUUCCUAGGUCCAGUUACACCAUAGAGAGGGUUUUGGAUGCAAAUUUGACUCUGCUCUUGUUGGCUGAGGUUUACCUAGAGCCAUGAGAGUCACAAACACUUUGACAAUAAUUGAAGGAUAAAUGUGUAAAGUCACAGAUUGUAUUUUCUGGAUACAUUUAAAUCCCCUGAUAAAAGCAGUGUUUGAACCCUGCUGAGUGAACCCACAUCUUGUGUUGAGACCUACCAAACAUCUUGAACUAAAAUGUUACUUCCUGUGUUUGAAAGUUUUUCUUUUAAUGUAUGUAGUUCUGUGUUUACAUUUGGAGUUUUGUAAAUUAAGGUUUAUGUGGUUUUUGACCCUGUGCUGCUUUAAAUCUUUCAUUUUUUUUCUACAACAUGUUUAGCAUUGAGAAAAGAUUUUUUUUUUAAAUGUAUUGGCUGAAAACCCCUCAGGAUGGAGGUUGAGGCUUCUAACAUUAAGCACAAACAACCACUACACUUCAACACAUGAAAUGUUGCAGCUUUGUAUACUUCUGUCUGUUUAUUCAAAACAGCACUUUACCACAUACAGUAAAGUUGAACAAAUCCAACCAAAAGUUAGAAAUGAUUUAAGACAUAUUCUGAUAUAAUAAACAAUAAAAUAUUUAAUUUGCAAAGGUAAAAUAUAUAUUUGCUAUUACCAAAAUGUGUGACCUUGUUAUACUAUACAGUUGAAUGGGGAUAUAUUAAUGUAUAUGAACCUAUUCUAAGGGUUGUGUAAAACUGGAAUUAAUUCAUUUUUGCAUCACAGCUGCUGGAUUGAGCUAAUGAAGAUUAGGUUGCAGACAUACAUUUGAAGUGAAUUUUGAAGGAUUUAUCACAAAAGUAUAAUAUUGAUUAUAAAGUUUAAACAAUUGUCUGUAUACUAAAAAUUAAAAAAUCUUGAGAUUUAGGAUUUCACAAGAGUCUCUAAAACAAUAUGCUGUAAACUUACUUUUCUUCUUUUACAUGAUUUUUAUGCAUUUAUUUUAUUUCGCACAUUAUCUAAAGCAAAGAUGAAAAGAAAAGAUGUAAAAUUCAUGGACUUCUUCCCUCUGGGCAAGAAUCAAGUCAUGUUUACUUCUAGUGAUCAGUUUGAAUGUCAGAUUUCUCUCUCUGAUAUUAAAUUGUUGUAUUUUUCUUUUCAUUUGACGUUACAGGUUAGAGUUCGGUGUAGUGAAGCUUCUUGUUGACUGUUGAUCAGUCUGCUCCUCAACCUGCCUAGUGCUUUUUUUGUCUAUAUUGUUUUAAUGCAGAAGCUCAACAAAGUAGUGAGGCACAUAACAUGACCACGUCUAUUGGUUUUGUUGAUCUGGGCAACAGUUCUGCUGUUUGGUUUAUAUAAACACGUGUAAAUACAAGUGUGUCCAAAUUAUUGGCCUUUGCACUGUUGCUUUUAGAUUAAUCAGGACAGGUCUGGAGGUUUAUGCAGAAAACGCUGUCACAGGAAGAAAAUAUUAAGAUCUGUCCUUGAACUAUGACUUUUCUAACACAAUUCACAUCUUAGUGGCGAUAUGAUGAUGAGCUGACUUUGUUUACAAAGGUAAAGAUCUUAGUCUGUGCUAAGGCUCCUCUCCAGCUGUGGCCACAUGUGGAGUAUAACCAAAUCUUUGCUUAAAGAACAGUAAAGGGCAAUAGUAAACAUGCCAUUUACUUGUAUUGCUCUCUAUCCAUGGUCUGCAGAAAAUGUUACAAAAUUACAUCAACUAAAUUUAAUGACAAUAAAUAUGUAAUAUUUGAGGUCAUAUUUGUCAGUGAUUGUCUAUAAUAAGUUGAAUUUGUGUUCGCCAUAAAGAGCAUAAAUGUAGGAAAAACAGCCUGACAUCCCCUUAUUUCUUCUUUUUCCAAAUAAACCAUUACCUUACCUUGGCAACAUACUGGCUGGUGCACCCUCCACCUGUAUGAUGCACCAGUUCCUUUUGGGAUUUUAUUUCCAGAAACACUCCAGAACUGUUCUCUCCACAUUUCAUCACACAUCCAUCACCUUGUGGUCUUUAAAUGCAUGCUCCUGGAUGCGACUACUCAUGACACUACUCGCCCUGUGUUGGUGCUGCUCCUCUCAUGCACAUGGUAUUUUCUCCUGUGCCUAUAAAUAAGAUCUCAUUAUAUCGUAAUAUAAGAGGGAAGAGGCAUUACAGAAGAGGAGAAGCAUAGAAAACACAGACUGGUGUUUUAUUUCCAUCCAUACACUUAGUUUUAUUCCUUUUUUCUUUUGCACUGAUAUUGUAGAGACAUUUUCUACAAAUUACAUAACGUUCCUUGUCCCUGUUUACAUAAGCGGCAGUUAUGUUUCAAAAGAAACUACCUGCUACUGCGAUUUUGUCACUUUUACAGUUUAAAUUAAAGCACAGGUUUCAGGUUAUUCUGCAAAACUUUUGUUCUUUUGUUCAUUUAUUUAAUUUGCUUGUUUGAACAUGAGUAUGCAGUUUUAUUUCUGGCUUAAUUUUGGUAUUGACUGUUAGUAUGUACUUGUGUAUGUUAUUUUGUGCAGUGUUUGUGUUUGGGAACUUGAUCUGAAGAUAUUUGUACUGGGAAGCUGCUGCUUUUACUUAAGGAAAUAAUAUGUCUCGUGUCACUGAUGAAUUCAGUGCAACAGCGUCCUCUGCUGGACAAUGUUAGACUAUUUCAGAAAUAUAAUCGGCCACAUUCCUCUCUGUUAGAAACCCCUACGUGACUUAGCAUCAGUGCUACAUCAAAUGACUCAUCAGUGAGCUUCAAGAUCAUUACUCAGUUUUGAUUAUUGUUUUCGUCCGUUAUUGUAUACUGUUUCCAACUGAUGGAUUUGAAAACGGAUCUAAGAGCCUUCUAUCUAGUUUUCCAGAGUUACUGUCGACUAUGCUUGAGAUGUAAAGUUCCACAAUAAAUUUUUAUUAAUUUACUCUA